CUCGUGUUUGUCUGCUGCCACGUCUCCCGCUCACUGCCGCUGCUGUGUAGCAAACGCUAUUUUCCUACAUCCCACUUAUCUCAGAGAUGAAAGCAUGCUACGCUUUGGCAGUGGUCUUGGGCCUCUGCAGGGGGCCCACAGCAGUGGUGUCGUUCCUUCCCCCCCCGGCCACGGCGCUUGCCCUUGCCCGCGCCAAGAGCAGUGCCUCGGAAGCGGCCGGGCCGUCGAUUGCUGCAUCAAGCGUUGCUGCAGGGGGCCGUGGCUCUCGCCUGGCUGCGGCCCGCGAGGACUGCAAGAGCUGCAUGGAGGCGGAGCUGUUGGAGGAGGAGAGGAAGGCAGCCGCAAAGGGGGGUGGGGCGGAAGGCGCUGCGACCAGGAGGGGAGCGUUGGAAGAGUUUAACCGGCGGGAAAAAGCUCGCAACACGAAGAUAGCAUUCGGGUCGUUCCUGUCGGCGGUGGGACUGUUUUUUUGCCAGCAUGCCGCCAUCGCCCCCGCGCAGGCGAACCCGGUGGUACUAUUGCGGGCGAUGGAGACUACCUCGGCCCCGCUGGCGACCGCCCUCACGAACGGGAAGCCUACGGUGGUGGACUUCUACGCCGACUGGUGCGAGAACUGCAAGGCGAUGGCUCCCAGCAUGAGAGAGAUCGAGGAACAAUUUAAGAACCAGAUCAAUUUCGUGGUCGUGGACGGCAGCGCCGAGAAGAACUAUGACUUGGUGGAUGCGUUCAGGGUGGACGGUAUCCCUCACUUGGCGAUGGUCAAUGGCAAGGGGGAGGUAGAGACGGCCAUUGUCGGAGCGGUACCGAAGGACGUUGUGGUGGACGAUAUCAAGGCCUUGUUGGCCGGUCGGCCCUUGCCCUUCAAGGGUUUCGACAUGUUCGAAGGGGAGGACCACAACAUCAAGGGACAGAUCGAGAUCGAUGGGUGAAAGCGCGGACCGACUUACGUUGUUGUCCGCCGUGUUUCCACCCCCAAUUUUAGUCUUUCAUCGAACGCUCUGUGUUGUUUUCUUGGAUUUGGUGAGUCAUCUGACUGAGUUGGAUCGCACCGGGCCGUGGGGGGGCAUGUUGCGACGUGUCAUGCCGAGCAGGGCGUCGACUUGAGUAUCGUCCCAGGACUUGGCGGCUGGGGGCGCCGUGGUUUGAUUCGAGGGAAGGAUGCAAUGGUUGACCGCCGUGGUCUUGUAGCAACAACACGAUAAAUAUUCUGAGUCGUAACCCUCACACGAAUGUGUUGGGCGUGCGGCGAUAUCGUGCAGCAGUGUGUCUCGGCCUGAGAAAGGUUUGUGGGGCGGUGGAGUCGACCCUUCGUGUAACACUACGCGCUUGGAGGCCCUCCUUUGUUUUCGUUUGCCGUGGUGGUGGGCAGUGGGGAUGUAGUUGCGAGGCGAGUGUAGUCAUUCCGAGAGCUUGCGCCUGGCACCCUUUCCCUCUCACGGCCCUUUUUUUGUGACCAUUGCGCCGACGUGACUGGGUCUGGGGGUAUCGUACACCUCUUUCCCCUCGACAGCGGUUGCCGAGUACCAGCCGUUCGAUGUCGUGAGUAGUCAACGUCGUCUUGGGGCAAUGUUGUCGCGUGGUGGUAUACUAGUCGUUCACCGAGUUUGAGCUUGCUUCUGUAUCACGCGUGGUUGCGGGGUUUGGUUAAGUGGUCGGGGGCGCGGCGUCGUACGGCCUUAGGUACACCGUGUGUUCGUGAACGUGAAAGAAACUGGGCUUGUCGCUAUGGGGCGAGACUAGGCGUUCUCAUGGUUGCCUUUCGCUGUUCUCCGAGUUCCGGUUUGUUCGGUAGAGGUUAUGAUGCAGUCGCCGUACCUGGCCGUACGGUCGUUGUAAAUAUUGAGUUCUUUGAGGCUUCUCGUUGGGAUCAGAGGAAGUGAAGUAACGCUCCUGCGGACGUGUACAGAGUAUCCUGCAGUGGGCACUACAGAGAGAAGGCAGACGUGCAAUUAAUUGUGUUUCAGGUUCAGUGUAAGGUCACCGAAGAAGAUCGACGCACUUUGGUGUUGGGUUAGUUGCUGGGAUUUCUUGAAGGCCCAGCCUCGAAAAUUCGUUUCGAGAUGAACUUGUUUGUUCCCAUCAGCAUGGCGCUAUAAGCUGCCGUCAGUGGGUAGGCUAUGAGCAAGAAUAAUGUCUUUCGUUUCUGCGAGCGCGUCGUUGCAAAGUGGCACAUGAACUACAUUGCCGAAACUGAAAAUUAACAACUACCCAACACGAAAAUAUUGAGAAGCUGACUAGUGAUCAUCGUGCCUCUCAUAAAAAAACAACACGCACGCGUUCAUCCCUAGGGCUACACUC